AGGCCACCAUGAUCUACAGCAGAUUACAGAGCUGUAUGUUAGCAGCUGGCUACCUUGCUUAUCUCCUGGUGGGUGCUCUCAUCUUCCAGGUUCUGGAAAAAGAUGCUGAGAGACUACAACAAGGCAUCACCUUUAAAAUGAAGGAGGACUUUCUGAAGAACUUCACUUCCCUCAGUGCAGCAGAGGUCAAUAUCAUUGUGGAGAAUCUGAUGGAAGCUGUUAGGAAGGGCAUAUAUCCAGCAGAAAAUGAAUUCUCUGAUGAACACAACAAUUGGGAUUUCAGCAAUUCUUUCUUCUUUGUGGGUUCUAUGUUAUCCACAAUAGGCUACGGAAACCUCUCUCCCAAAACGGCUGGUGGUCAGCUUUUCUGUGUCUUUUUUGCUCUCUUUGGAAUUCCUCUGAAUAUUGUCUUUUUGCAGCAUGUUGGCAAGAUGCUCUCCAUGGUCUGUGAACGGUUAGCUAAAUGGCUGUAUAGGAAAGGUGUAAAGAAGAAAACAGCAAGGGGCUUGACGCUUCUGUUCUUCCUGGUUAUGGGAAUAUUAGUGUUUCUUUGUGUGCCGUCGGUCAUCAUUCGAAAAAUAGAGGGCUGGUCCUAUAGUGAAGCCAUUUAUUUUACAUUUAUUACCCUGAGCACCAUUGGGUUUGGUGAUUAUAUGAUAGGGAGACAACAUGACAAAUUCUACUUCCGUGGCUAUCGGAUU